AUGGGGGAUUUUAUUCGAGAAGCUUUUAGAACGUCUGGAAUUAAUGAAAAGAUGCAAGACGUUAUUGCCGAAACUAUCAUGCAGAGAUGGAAUGACGAAGCUGGUCGUAGAAACCACCGUUCUGCUUCAUCAGUAGCGCCACAAAAUGUUGACUCGAUCAAAUAUCAGUCUGACACCGGUAAAAUGCAGCUCAUAAGUGAACAGCUUUGGAGGCGUCUGGAGAGGAAGUAUGAAGAGAGAUUGCAGAAGUACAAAGAUAAAGAAGAAAAGGUUAUUGAAGAAAAGAUAAUUAGUUUAAAGGCAGAGUAUAAACGUAACCUCGACUUUGCAUAUUCCCAGUGUGAAGAGAAGUUGCGUAGAAAAGAUGAAGAGCUCCGGCGAAAAGAAGAAAUUUUGAAGGAAGAGAAUCAGCUUGAGUCAGAAAAGAGGUAUCUUGAAAUUCAACGGGCUUGGAGUGAAAUUGAAGCGAGUAAAAAAGACCUUCGCAUACAGAAAGAACAUUUUGAUGUUGCCAAGAGCAAUUUUGCCUUGAAGAUGAGCAAUGAUAACCUCGUUUUGCAACGUCAGAAAGACGAACUAGUUAAAAAGGAGAACCAUUUGAAAGAAAGGGAAAGGGGCUUGAAGGAAGAAAUUAAAACAGCAGUUACGGAAGCGAAGAAAAAAGAGAGAGAUUGGAUUGUUGAAAAAGUGAAGGAGUGGAACAUGAAAGAAGCUAAAUUGAUUGAGAAGUGCGAAAAUCUGCAAGAAAAAAUGAGACAGUUUUCGAAAUUACAGAGCACGAUUAGUGAGCAGUCCUCUCACAUUCGUGUCUUACAGGGUGAUUUGAUAACUCUUCGUGGAAGACUGAAUGAUUCAGAGGAAAAGCUGCGACAAGCAAACUCAAAAUUACAUGAAUAUAAUGAUUACGAGAUUUUGAGGGAAGAGAAUAAAAGGAUGAAGGAGGAGUUGCUAAGCAAGUCGAAAGAUGACGUUUUAGCCAUCAAAGAAUCUGAGUUAAAUAAUCUGAGAAGGAGGCUGAAGCUUGUAGAGGAAACUGCCGAUUUGCGAAUUAAAGAACUCAAAUUUCGCCUUAAGACAGAUCAGCUCCGUCAGACUUUAGGUGAGCGCCACCAGUGUCAUAUUGCUAGUACUUCAAAAUGUCCCGAAAAAAUGCUACCAGUGGUAUCGGAUUCAGUUAAAGCAAGCGCAGAGGUGUCAUCAGCUGGAUCUGAAGACGGAAGAGAGCCGUUAUUAGAAGCUAAUAUGUUUCAGUUGUUAUAG